CGACGUUGUCGGUUUUAUCUCGGGUCAGGCGGAGUCAGCGGGACACGGCGCGCUCGCAGCCCGCCCCAGUGUCGCCCGCGAUGAAGUGUUAUCAUCAUUCUCGCCAUGUUUGUUCUCGUGUGUCGACUUAUUAUUGUUGUGUCCUGGGUUAAGUUAGCGGUCACCACUGAUCCGCCAUGCAUAAUAGACCUGCAGUGUGAGGAGUGCAUCCCGGACAACAUGCCGCUGGUGACGUCGCACCGCGCGGCCAACGGCUCGCUGGUGGCGGCCAGCGGCGACGAGCUGGCGCUGUCGUGCGGCGCGCGCGGCAAGUUCGCGGCCUACCCGCUGCACGGCGCGCUGGCGGCCGCGUGCGAGGCCGGCCGGCUGCGCGUGCGCCACGACCGCGCGCUGCGCCACCUGCUGGAGCUGGGCUGCCAGGAGAGCGUGUUCGAGGACGUGCUGCACCAGGUGGAACACUGCGCGCCGCCGUCGCAGGGGCGCGCGUACCAGGUGCAGGACGGCGCGCGCGGCGUGCGGCGGCUGGCCACGGUGUGCUUCGACGCCGACCGCGGCGUGGCGCUGCACGCGCGCGCCUCCAACGCCCGGCCGGCGCCGGUGCCGGCCGACGCCGCCGCGCCGCUCAGCCUGCUCGGCAACUUCAACCACCUGUUCGACGCGCGCACGCGCCUCGACGCCGAGCGCCUGUACGCCGACGCGGCGCGCCUCAACCGCCGCCUGCGCGCGCUGUUCGAGCCCGACGGCGUCGCGUUCGCGCACCAGGAGCUGGCGGCCGCCGAGCUGCUGAGCGGCCUGUACUUCGACGAGCAGAGCGCGCGCGUGGCGGCCCUCGCGUCCAACAAGGUGGGCGUGUGGCGCAGCGUGGCCGAGGGCAACCUGCGGGCGCUGCAGCGCGACGUGGCGGCGCUGCUGCGGACGGCGCGGCCGCGGGCGCUGCGCGUGGUGGCGGGCACGCACGGCGUGGCGUCGCUGCGCGCGGGCGGCGGGCGGCGGGCGGUGUGGCUGGGCGCCGGCCGCUUCCCGGCGCCGCGCUACGUGUGGACGGCGGUGCUGGACGCCGCGCGGCGCCGCGGGCUGGCGCUGGCGGUGCUCAACGACCCCUUCGUGGCGGUGAGCGAGAUCCGCGAGGCGGUGUUCUGCGAGAGCGCGUGCGCGCGGGUGCCGUGGCUCCGCGAGCUGCGCAGGAAUCGCAACUACGAGACUCCCUUAUACGGACUCGUGUUUUGCUGCAGUCUCGGCGACUUCUCGAGUGUCGUGACGGAAAUGCCCCGUGAUAUCGUCGAGGAUGUCACGCGAGGGGCCGAGGGCAUGUUGAUCGAAUCAGACUUUUGAAUGCGACCCUUAAUUUGACUUAUGAGUUUUUGUAAUGCAGAUAAUAUUAAAGUGGUUUUCGUAAUUGGAAAUAAAUUAUAGUUGUUUUUUU